UUAUCUUAAUUUAUGAUUAAAAGAUAUAUAACAAUGUUAUCAAUGACAUACAAGAAACAUGAUAUAGAACAAAAGUCUGUGAUAUAAGCAGAUAUUACACUACAGCAUUUAAGUAAUUUGCAUCAACUAUGUGUAUUUUAUUUAUUUAUCGUAACCCUGAAGCUGAUUCAGAGUCAUAUCGAUUGAUUUUGAUCUCAAACCGUGAUGAAGAUUUUAAACGUCCAGCAUUACCAGCUCAUUUUUGGAAAAACUAUCCAUUAUGUUUAGGAGGUACUGAUAUGGAGCUUGGAAAAGAAGGUGGAACUUGGCUAGGAGUGUCAUUAACAGGGAAGGCGGGUGUUGUUUUAAAUUUAUCUGAUGAUACAAGUUCAACUAAUAUACCAAAGCAAGGACGAGGGUUUUUAGUGCCUAAUUUCAUUACAUCAGAAGAUUCUGCAGUUUCAUAUUUAGAUAAAUUAUAUAAGAAAAAUAAGAACAAUCCAAUAUAUAAUCCUUUUAUUUUAGUCUUAAUAAAUUUAAGGAAUGCAGAUGUUUAUUACCUCAGUAGUUCUCAAAAUUCAACAGGACAUAUUUUAGGUCAAGAUAAUGUUUUAGGUUUUAGUAAUAGUGGCCUUGAUAUUCCAUAUAGAAAAGUUGAUAUAGGAAAAGAAAUUUUCAAAAAUAUUAUUAAAAAUGUUAAGGUAGCAAAUCAAACAAAUCUUAUUGAAGAACUGUUAACAUUCUUGAAAUCGAAAGAGAGAUAUUUACCAGAUCCUGAAUUGCAUAGACGUUACCCAACAAAAUAUAAGGAACUUAGCUCAAUUUUUGUAUCAACUGAUGGAUAUUGUACACGAACACAUUCUAUAUUGUUGGUUAGUGGAAGCAAUGAAAUAACAUUUAUUGAAGAAACACUUAUGCCAGAUUUAACAUGGAAACGUCAAAUUUUUAACGAUAAAUUAAUAUGUAAUAACUGA